AAAAUCCGCGCGCUUGCGAUUUCAAAGCUUUACGAUAAAUAAAGUAAUAAAGUUGCGUGAAGUGUAGAUCGUUGUCAAUCGAAAUAAGUAUAGUUAAUAAGGCUGUUUUUAUUGGUUUUUGGACUUUAUAAACUUAAUUCUGAUUGGAUUUCGAACUGAAAAAGUUUGUUUACAUUCAAAUUAUGUAACCGGAUUGCAAACUGCAUUCCUGAAAGGUGAAAAUAAAGGAAGCAAGAAAUCAGUGAAGUCCAGAGACUCAAAAGUGUUGUGCUUAAAGUAUGGCUUGUUUCACACCACCGUAGUGUGGAAAAAACAUUUCUAUGAACAUUCUAGAAGUACUUAUAGUGAUCCAGAGACUUUUAAGUUAUAAAGAUGCGUGUACGUUGGUGGCGCGCGGUGGUGGUCUGCGCAUGUGCGCUGGUGCUAAGGAGUGACGCGCUACCACCCGCCGCUCUCGGGGACGUCGUCGUCAAUGCUGCCAACAGCCUCAACUCUAUGAAGGUAACAGGAGCAUGGCGACGUCUAUCCAGUACAGUGAGCGAAUCAGUAGGAUUGAAGCACGCGCUGCGGCGUCUGCAGGCGGUGCCGGCGCGAGCGGCGCGUCUUGUGCACGCGCUGGUAGACCGCAUGCGGGUUGGUGGCGGUCCUAUCGUUAAUACACGUCUCGGGGCGCUACGAGGACGGCGGCUGGUCACGAGAACUGUGUCACAGACGCCUUAUUACAGUUUUAAGGGCAUACGAUACGCACAAUCGCCUCGUGGCCGAUUAAGAUUCAAACCGCCCGCGCCACUGGAGCCGUGGUCAGGGGUACGAGACGCGUUAGAAGAAGGCGCCGUCUGUCCUCAUAGGUUUAUGUUGUUUGAUACGUACAAAGGAGAUGAAGACUGUCUAUUUUUAAACGUAUACACCUCCGCACUGCCUGACAAGCUAACAGGGUACAAUCCAAAACUAGCGGUAAUGGUUUGGAUCCACGGCGGGGCAUUUGCAGUUGGGUCCGGGAACGCAUUUCUCUACGGGCCUGAUCAUUUGGUGGGGGCUGGCGUGGUGCUCGUCACGCUCAAUUACAGGCUCGGAGCUCUUGGCUUCUUGAGUCUCGAAAAUGAGGAGGUGCCAGGAAAUAUGGGAUUAAAGGAUCAAGUGAUGGCUUUGAAGUGGGUUCGAGAUAACAUCGAGUUCUUCGGCGGGGAUCCGGAGAAGGUGACCAUCUUUGGCGAAUCAGCCGGUGCUGUCUCGGUACAUCUGCACAUGCUGUCGCCCGCUUCUCAGGGACUUUUCCACCGAGUGAUAGCGCAGAGCGGUUUGGCGCUGUCACCAUGGGCUCUAGGGAAGAACCCACGAGACAAAGCCUUUGAGUUGGGCAAAGAGCUCGGUAUUGAAACCAACAGCACUGCAGAGCUUCUUGGUUACCUAAGAGCAACGCCGAGUGAACUGCUUGUAAAGGCGGGCGCGAGAAUCGCGGGGGCGCCGGGUAAGACGGCCGACUUGCAGAGCACAGUCGCCCUUCCAUUCCUGCCAGUGCUAGAGCCCGAGGGUCCUGACGCCUUUCUCACCACCAACCCCAAAGAAUCCUUGCCAGGCGCUGAUGUACCGCUUCUCACAGGAUACAACGCUCAGGAAGGAAUUAUACUAUUCAGACGUUUGCAACGCUAUCCGAAGUUACUGAGUGAGUUGGAACAUGAAUUCCGUCGCGUGGUGCCGCCCGAGCUGAUAUCUUCUGAUGAAAAGCUGACCAACAAGGUUGCGGAUCAUAUCAAAGCUUUCUACUUCCAACAGCGUCCAGUCGAUACACGAAACAUCAACAGUCUCAUUGACUUAUUCACGGACGUGAUGUUUUUGAGGCCAGUGCUCCAAACGAUUCGUCUCCAAGCAGCCACCAACAGGACAAGCCCCACGUAUUUGUAUCGGUUCGCAUUUGACGGCGCGCUUGGCCUGUUCAAGCGAAUGCUCGGCAUAUCCCACCCGGGCGCCUGUCACGGCGACGAAAUGGGAUAUCUCUUUUACUUUUCUAGACUCAAUUACAGACUGGACGACGAAUCAACUGAACUUGCAGUUUCUAGAAAGAUGGUGCAGAUGUGGACUAACUUCGCAAAGACUGGAAACCCAACCCCGCCGAUGGAUUACGAAUCGGUUUUAGACUUCAAAUGGCUUCCCGUAAACGGAACGGAACACAUGAAUUAUCUCAACAUAAAUGGAAACUUCACAUUGCUAACAGAUCCCGAAGCAAAAAGAGUCAGGUUUUGGGACUGGCUGUAUAAUAAUUACGCCAAUAAAUCAAUGCAAGUUUAAAAAGAAAAUGUGCGUGAUAUCCCACAGAUAAAAAAUUAGAUAUUGCUUUGAAUUUAAACCGUUGUAACACUUGGUUCAAAACAUGGUUUUGCCUCUGUUUCCUUCUGAUUGGAUGAGAGAGAUGACAUGAUACAAGUGUAGCGACAAUUCGACAAUGAACACUCACGUUAGAUAGAUGAGACAUUGAUGAUAAGUGUUUAUGCUAUACCGAGUUAUAGUUGAUGUUUUUGUUUAUAAGUGAAGAUCAAGUGCAAAUAUAUUUACGUAAAUAUGUACUUAUUUUGUUAUAUUACUUAUAAUCAUAAUAAGAUGAAUUGUAUUAAAAAUUAGAUUUAAUCUUCGUUGUCUUCCAUUUUAGACUUCGUUAACAAAAUGAAAAGUCAGAUUUUUAAGACUUUGAUUAAAAAGUGUUAUAUUGUAAAUAGCUUCUGUAUAAUUUAUAGAAAUCUAUUGUAAAUUUGUUACUUCGUUAUACUCAUGUAAGUGUUACUUGUAUUAAUUAUAUGUAUUUAAGAAUUAUUUAAUCUAAAUAAAUAAAAAGUCUAACAAAUUUA